CUCGUUGUUAUAAUAUUGGGGUAAAAUUUCUGGGCCAUUGGUAUUUGUAUUGGUAUUAACUUGAUAUUUCAUGUAUUAUCCCAUGUAUUGGUAUGCCAUGUACUUCUCCAUGUAUUAUUCCAUGUAUAAGCAUUUCAUUGGUACUGGUCUUAUCGUUGUCUUGAUUGGUAUGGUGGUAUACAGGGCGCCGUUUCGUUUCCUGGCUAUUCCAAAUUUCCGGCUCUUCAUGGCUCUCUGCUGUAUGUUUUUGAUCUCGUCCAUAAAUGGAAUUGUACUCAACAUCAAUAUAGAUCUAUCAUCGAACACAUUUCUCCUCUCCAACACCCAUUUAAAGCCGUCCUGGAAUUACAUCAACUCUAUCUUUAUCAAUCUGGCCAGCCCUCUAGCCGUAAUCUUUUGAAAUCGGUGUCUCAAAUGAUUCGAAUCCAUUGAGCUCGGAAUACAAAGCAAGUCGACUUUCUAUCGACUUUCCAUGCUUCAAUAGUCCGUACACUUGGAAAACCAU